ACGGCCGAUGCUGCGCGCGCGCCGCCCGCACCCGCUCUCACUAGUCGAACGGUGCCCGACCGGUAACGUAGCGCCGACUGCCGAGAGACGAACCAGCGACAAUGUCCGCCGUGGCGAAGACUUCCAAGUACACCUACCGCAGCAGCGGCGGCGGCACCACCGACGUCAACAUCGAGUACAGCGCCGACCUGAGUGCUCUCUCCAGGCUGGAGGACAAGAUCCGUCUCCUCCACGAUGAUCUGGAAUCCGAAAGGGAGCUGCGUCAGAGGAUCGAGAGGGAGAAGGCAGAUUUGAGCGUGCAAGUUAUCCAACUUUCUGAGAGGCUGGAGGAAGCUGAAGGUGGAGCUGAGAGUCAGUUCGAGAUCAACAGGAAACGCGACACCGAACUUACCAAGCUCCGCAAACUACUGGAAGAUGUCCACCUGGAGUCUGAAGAGACAGCACACCUGCUCAAGAAGAAGCACCAGGAGAUCGUCGUUGACUUCCAGGAACAAAUCGACCAGCUUACCAAAAGCAAAGCUAGGAGUGAGAAGGAGAAGUCCAAGUUCCAGGCUGAAGUAUACGAGCUGUUGGCCCAAGUGGAGAACGUGACCAAGGAGAAGAUCACCAUCUCCAAGCACGUUGAGAAGCUUGAGAUCUCUAUUAGCGAGCUCCACAUUAAAAUCGAGGAGUUGAACCGCACCAUUGUGGACAUCACCUCCCACAAGCAGCGUCUGUCGCAGGAGAACGUUGAACUCAUCAAGGAAGUUCAGGACCUUAAGGUGAACAUCGAGAACGUGACCUACCUUAGGAGCCAGAUCGCCAGCCAGCUUGAGGACUCGCGCCGCAGGCUCGAAGAUGAGGAGAGGAGGCGUUCCCUGCUUGAAGCUAACCUGCACCAGGUUGAAAUCGACUUGGAAUCCGUCCGCGUCCAGCUGGAAGAGGAAUCUGAAGCCCGUUUGGACCUGGAACGCCAGCUUGUCAAGGUCAACGGUGAAGCCCAGCACUGGAGGUCCAAAUUCGAGGCCGAGGCUGCCGCCCGUGCCGAGGAGAUCGAGGAGAUCCGCCGCAAAUACUCCAUCCGCAUUCAGGAGCAGGAGGAACAGAUUGAGACCCUCAUCGCUAAGAUCAGCAACGUUGAGAAGCAGAAGUCCCGCCUGCAGAGCGAGGUGGAGGUCCUCAUUAUCGAUCUGGAGAAGGCCAAUGGAACAGCUCGGGAGCUGCAGAAGAGAACGGAACAGCUGGAGCGAGUGAACAUCGAGAUCAAGUCCCGCCUCGAGGAGACCGUCUCCCUGUACGAGCAGUCGCAGCGUGACCUCCGCAACAAGCAGACUGAGCUCCAGCGUGUCAGCCACGAGCUUGACAAGACCCGUGAGCAGAAGGACGCGCUCGGCCGCGAGAACAAGAAAUUGGGUGAUGACUUGCACGAUGCCCGCGCGACCCUCACGGAGAUGAACCGCCGUCUUCACGAGCUCGAGAUCGAGCUGCGCCGUCUUGAGAACGAGCGAGAGGAACUCACCGCCGCCUACAAGGAGGCUGAGGCUGGUCGCAAAGCUGAGGAGCAGCGCUCACAGAGGCUGACUGCUGAGUUUGGCCAGUUCCGUCAUGAAGCUGAACGCCGCCUCCAGGAGAAGGAAGAAGAAAUUGAAGCUAUUCGCAAGCAGACCAGCAUUGAAAUCGAGCAACUGAACGCUCGCGUUGUUGAAGCUGAGACCAAGUUGAAGUCUGAAGUGACCCGCAUCAAGAAGAAGCUCCAGAUCCAGAUCACCGAGCUCGAGCUGUCCCUUGAUGUUGCCAACAAGACCAACAUUGAUCUGCAGAAGACCAUUAAGAAGCAGUCCCUGCAGCUCACCGAGAUCCAGACCCACUACGACGAGGUGCAGAGGCAGCUGCAAGUGACCCUCGACCAGUAUGGCGUCGCUCAGCGCAGGAUACAGUCCCUCACCGGCGAGGUCGAGGAGAUCCGUGGCAACUACGAACAGGCCCUCCGCGCCAAGCGCGUCAUCGAGCAGUCGUACGAGGAGGCUCAGACCCGCAUCAAUGAGCUCACCGUCAUCAACGUCAACCUGUCCAGCAGCAAAGCCAAGAUCGAGCAGGAGCUGGCUGCCGUCGCGGCUGACUACGAUGAGAUCACCAAGGAACUGCGCGUCGCUGAUGAGAGAUACCAGCGUGUCCAGACUGAACUUAAGCACACCGUCGAGCACUUGCACGAGGAGCAGGAGAGGAUUGUCAAGAUCGAGGCCGUCAAGAAGUCCCUCGAGAUCGAAGUCAAGAACAUCUCAGUCCGCCUGGAGGAAGUCGAAGCCAACGCCAUUGUCGGAGGCAAGCGCGUCAUCAGCAAACUGGAGGCCCGCAUCAAGGACAUGGAGCUUGAGCUCGACGAGGAGAAGAGGAGGCAUGCGGAGACCAUCAAGAUCCUCCGCAAGAAAGAGCGCACGCUCAAGGAAGUCAUGAUCCAGUGCGAAGAGGACCAGAAGAACAUUGCCCUGCUCCAGGACUCGCUGGAGAAGACCUCGCAGAAGGUCAACAUCUACAAGAGGCAGCUGACGGAACAGGAGGGUGUAUCCCAGCAGAGCGUGACCAGAGUGCGACGAUUCCAGCGCGAGCUCGAAGCCGCCGAGGACCGCGCCGACGUCGCCGAGAGCAACCUCUCACUCAUCCGCGCCAAGCACCGCACCUUCGUCACCACCUCCACAGUUCCCGGAUCCCAGGUCUACCUGGUCCAGGAGUCCCGCGCUCUCAGCACGGAGUGAGUCACCAACCCACCGCCCCGCAACACCAGCAUUUCUCUCCACCAGUCUAUAUCGGGGCGCAAUUCCGGUCGGGUAUAAGCCUAGUCGUUCGUUAAGUGAUGUAUGAUCCCACCGGCAGAUGGCAGCAGUUAGUUAACCACUCACUACCGCCAUCUCUCGGGCAGUUGAAGCAAUCGCGAUCGGGACGGGCGCUCGGCGCUCCGGCGCGCCCUAAGCCGUGUCUCCACUCCUGGCCAUACGUCGACCGUUCGUCCCGCUAACAUUUUUUUAUUGUAACGCUAAAACAACCAAAUAAAGGAACCAAAAACUCUUCAA